AGUGGUGGCGUUGGUCAUCCAGCUCAUUUCAGGAUUAGAAACAAGCAGCCUAACGUACCGAGGGUAUAAAUACUCGUGCGUCCUCCAGUCUCCGCUCAGUCCUUACGCACCGACUUUUACGCACGGGUCAGAAGAAGACGGCCACCGAGUUAGAGAGUCAAAUAUCACCACAGCGACUUCUACUUCACAGCAGAGAGUUUGGGAAGAGAAAGAAAAUUAAAAGAGUAUGUCGGUGGUGAGCGCAGCUCCGUUCAAGCCGCUCUACAUGCGCUCUCCGGUGCCGCGAGGCCGCCGCCACACGCUGCCGGCCAGCGAGUUCCGCUCCCUCAGCCCGGAGGACGCAGUCAGCGUGUUUGAGAUUGAGAGAGAAGCCUUCAUCUCCGUGUCUGGCGAGUGUCCCCUGCACCUGGAUGAGGUGCGUCACUUCCUCACGUUGUGUCCUGAGUUGUCUCUUGGCUGGUUCGAGGAGGGACGUCUGGUGGCGUUUAUCAUUGGCUCUCUGUGGGACCAGGAGAGGCUCACCAUGGACGCUCUGACUCUCCACAAGCCUCAUGGGACCACUGUCCACAUCCAUGUCCUCGCAGUCCACCGGACUUUCCGCCAGCAGGGCAAAGGCUCCAUCCUGAUGUGGCGGUACUUGCAAUACCUCAGGUGCCUGCCCUACGUCCGGCGUGCAGUGCUCAUGUGUGAGGACUUCCUGGUUCCCUUCUAUCAGAAGUCAGGUUUCAAGGCACAGGGCCGCAGUGAGAUCACAGUGGGGCCACUCGCCUUCAUCGAGAUGCUCUACCCAGUGAGGGGCCACGCCUUCAUGCGCCGCAACAGUGGUUGUUGAGGACAGGGAGGCGGGGUUGUGUGUGUUCUCUCGGUUUGUCCCCCCUGGGGAUGUGAGCAGCUGUGUGAGCAGCUGUGAGAGCAGCUGCUGUGUUCAUGAGCGACCAGCACAGUCAUGGUGUUUGUGAUCGUCGCAGCGAGAGAGAGAAUUGCUCAGCAGGCGAUGGUGACCUGUGAGUCGGCAGAGAACUGAAAUCGAAUCGAAAAGCUACCACCAACAGCUGUCUGGAGAAAUCUUUACUUGCAGUCAAGACAUAAAACUAAAUCAUUAGUGCAGACUCUGGAAAGAAUACAAAUCCUUAUUUCAAAUUUCAGUUUGUUUUAAUAUGUAAUUAUUUUCUUUAUGACGAUAAAUGCUGGACAUUUAUCAUUAUAUUUAACAGAAGACCUUUGUUUUUUAUGUAUUUAACCAGUCUAAAAUGGCACAUAUACUGUGUAAAGCCAAUAGGGUAAUGUCUCAUCAAUAAAACAAGUACAUAUCCAUUAUUUAUAUAUCCAUUAAAGUUUUGUAUGGAGAGUAUGCCUCUUUCAGGUCCUUCAGAACGUGACUGUUGAUCUGAUUUGUGCACAGUAACAUGCCAAAGUGACACAAUGACCUCCAACAAGCACACAAUCAAACAGUUUGAAUGUACUGACUUGAACAGUGUUAGACUUGAAGUCACUCUGUCCAUCUCUAAAUGCCUGUCAAGCACUUUGUGUACAGUAUGUGAUUUAUGUUAAAGCCAUGGUUCUCAAACUGUUGCAUGUGUACCACCAGUGGUACAUGAGCUUCCUCUGGUGGUACUUGGAGGAGAAUCAGAAAUACUGUUCUACUGUGUAUGUGUUCAGUGUGGAGCUGAGGGAUUUUGACCGGAGUGCGUAGAAAAUGAAACAAAAUAACAAUAAAUAAAUAAAUGAAAUACUAAAAAUUAGAGCCACUUCUCUCUCACUUAAUCUAAUGUCACUAUAACAGUGUGUGAAGUAUAUGUGAGGAAGAGGAGAAUGAUGAGAGAGCAAAUUAUCUUAUUGGGAAUAAAUCUGCCUCCUGUGAAAAGUCUUUAGCCGACUUUGCUCCACUGUACUUUUUAUUUUGGCGAUUAUGGGGUUACUUUGAGAGCUCAAUAUUUUCUCAGGUGGUACGAUGCUCAAUAAGGUGGUACUUAUUGAGCAUAGUCCGGCCAUCCCUCAUGUAGACCCUCACCACCUCUGCCUCCCAGUCUUGAAUCAAGACCAUUUUUUGAAUGUUUUGUUCUGAAAAUAAAAAAUAUUUUAUUUUCUAUCCAUCACGUCUGCUCUUCUGUCUUCUCAUUUGCAAUCUAUGUAUUACAGUAAUUAUUGAGAAACCACACCUCAUCACAAAAUUCAUUUCAUUUCACACACCACCCAUGAAAUUAAACGUCAC